AUGGAGAGAUGGAAUAACACAAAUGUGUCUGACUUCAUCCUCGUGGGAUUGACAGACUCUGAAGAGAUCCAGGUGGUCCUCUUUAAUCUCUUUCUCCUGAUAUACCUGAUUACUGUGCUGGGGAAUGCAGGGAUGAUUCUAAUAAUUCGUCUGGAUCCACAGCUUCACACCCCCAUGUAUUUUUUCCUCAGUCACCUGUCAUUUAUUGAUCUCAGUUACUCAACAGUCAUUACCCCUAAAGCUUUAGAGAACUUACUGAUUGCAAAGAAAUUUAUUUCAUAUGGAGGUUGUUUUACCCAGAUGUAUUUUUUUAUCUCCUUGGCUGCCACUGAAUGUUGUCUUCUGUCUUCAAUGGCCUAUGACCGCUAUGUCGCUAUCUGCAACCCUCUACAAUACCCAGUUAUUAUGUCCACUGUACGUUGCUGCUCCCUCACCACUGCAGCCUACGUGAUUGGCUUUCUUGACUCCAUUAUCAUUGUGGUUGUCAUGAACAACUUGCAUUUCUGCAACUCCAAUGUAAUCCACCACUUUUUCUGUGACACAAUACCAAUAUUAGCCCUUUCCUGCACUGAUACACAUAACAUUGAGAUCAUAAUAUUCAUUCUUGCUGGUUCCACCCUAGUGGCAUCUCUCAUCACAGUCUUUGUGUCUUAUGUGUCCAUUCUCUCUACUAUCCUGAAAAUAAAUUCAACAUCAGGAAAGCAAAAAGCUUUUUCUACCUGUGCCUCCCAUCUCCUGGGAGUCACUAUCUUCUAUGGUACUAUGAUUUUUACUUAUUUAAAGCCCAGUAGGUCCUACUCCUUGGGAAAAGACCAAGUAGCUUCUGUUUUUUAUACUAUUGUAAUCCCCAUGCUGAAUCCACUCAUUUAUAGUCUCAGGAAUAAAGAUGUGAAAAAUGCUCUCCUUAAAGUUAUGCAGAAAAGAAAGAGUACCAGGCAUUUAAGAUGA